AUUUUAACCUCUUUUCUUCCACUUUUUGGCUUAGUAACCCCAUUGUUAACUUUCACCACUUUUCCCAAAACCUUUUCACUCCGUUCACUUUUUCUACGUUCCAUUCACUUGACAGACAAACAAACACAAUAAAUAAGCAAUAAAUUUAUAUUCUCUACUUUCGGCCAAAACUAAGAAGCCAUCACCGAAGGACUACCAUCCAGCUGUUGGCUAUACCAAAAUCGGAGGUAUCCGGACCACCAUCUUCUAACCAAAUCCUUAGAAACCAAAAAAGAUCUCUCAAAAUGCUACUGACCAAACCAAGCCUUUCGGCCAUAUCCACAUAUUUGAGAUUGGAAGUUCGCAAUUCUGCCUGUCGGAUGACUGGAAGAUUGGCCUAUUCGACGGGAUGGAAACAGGAAACUAAUAAGGACUACGAGAACUUGAGCUAUCAGCGAGAUGAACCCAAUCCGGAGUAUCAUCAUGCUCCGCGGUGUUUCGUUAGAAGCUUCCAGAAGCACCAGGAGCAGACGCAGGAGCGCGAUGAAAGGCAGACGAUUCGUUUCCGGAAUCCACGGUACCGCUGGGCGGACUUCCGGCGACGAAUGGUUUAUGGAACUUACGAUAUCUAGGAGGGUUCCGCUCGGUGCUUCUCUUUUAGAAUUGGGAUCUUCAUGGGCUAACUAACCGAUAAACAUGCAUCUGAAAGCAUGGUUAGAAUCAUAAACUAUAUAUAUUGUACAGUAACCAGGUUCAUGUGGCCAGAAAUGCGGUUCAAGCUUAAGCGACCGAUCAAAUUGCAAUAUUAUUUACAAGACAAUACAAUAAACAUGUGGUUUUGGUUAUUAAUAAUAACUAAAUCUACUAGAUAAUAAA